AUGUGGCUUGGAGCGAAUGUACAUACAGACAAAGUUCUCCAUUUGGACCUCAUUCUGAUGGAUUCAAAGGGCAAUGAUAUCUGGGUACAAAUCCCUCCUGUGUUGAUAGAAAAGUUUAAGAAGUUGCUGAAGGAGAACCAUGUUUACAUUAUCAAGAACUUUGAUAUCAAUACAAUUGGACUGAAAUAUCGACCUAUUGGGAAUCCAUAUUUGAUACAAUUUAGUAGGAAGACAACUGUUCAUCAUGUUCUUGAAGUUCCUGCAAUUCCGACCUUCAAAUUCAGUUUCCUAAAUGCAAGUCAGAUGGCAGGCAAAUUGGGUCAUGUUGUUAUCCUUUCAGAUGUUGUUGGCCAAUUGCGCACACAUUCAGAUGCAAUUACUACUACCAGCCUUACCCGGAAAACUAUAAGGAAGGAGCUCACAUUGCAACUGAUUGAUGUGGGUGAAUUCAAAGAUGAGUUAUCAUUUUCAUCAUCAGGGUCAACAAUUGUGUAUCGUAAUCUCGAUAUUCCAGCUGUCAAAGCUUUUGUUACCGGUACUAUGCAACCAGAGCUGCCUGUCUUUGUGGAACCACCGUCACCUCCUCAAUUCCCUGUUAUUUCAUUUUCUGAACUUUUGCAAUUACAAGAGGAUCCAGACCAGGAGGAAAUGGUGUUUGUUGUUGAAUGCAAAGUUGUUGGAAUUAAAUCAGGCUGGUGUUAUAUGUGGUGUCCUACCUGUGUUUUGAAGCCUAUACAAAGGCAAAAUGAGUACUAUUGUGUUAGAUGCAACAAGGGAAUAUCAGCCAAGACUACCAAAUACCGUGUUCAACUUGAAGUUCAAAGUGAUUUGAAGUCAGCAGUAUUUGUACUCUUUGAGUAUGAAGGGAAGCGGUACUUUGGAUUGAGUGGUCUGACCAAGAAAUUCCAUGUCAAAUUCAAGAUCAACCUUUUUGCUGAUUCCCAAGCUGAUUUUACUGUGCUGAGAAUACUAGAACCCACCCCAAAGGGAGAAGGUUAUAUGAUUCACAAAGAUGGAUCAUCUUCAUCUAUUGCGAGUGGGCCUGCAUCUUCUCAACCCUGCUCUGAUCAGUCUGGACAGUCUGCUACUGAAAAAUCGAUUGAAACACCAGUGGACUCUGAUGUAACUCCAGACAACAAACUGAAGAGGAAGAUGCCCCUGGAGUGA